AUGCAGCCGAGCUGCUGGCAGAGCUCGCAGAGCUCGCAAAGCCCAGGGAACCUUCAUCCUGUCGGACCUGUCGCGGUUUCGAGCUCCAGCUCGAGUCCCGGUUCAUCGCAAAGCCCUGCCAUUGCCACUCCACGCAGCAAAGUGGUGCUGAGCACUCCGAGCAGUGUUGCAGAAGUUCACCUGCACGAUGACCACGCAGCAGCCAGAACGUCACCGGGAAUGCCGGAGUUCGUUAGUGGUAUGCCCGCUUCCAAAGUGAUCGUUCCCUUCGUGCAGCGACUCGCCGGGACUUUGGAUGUCUUGGACUACAAGGCAGACCCAGAUCCUUCCAACACAGACUCCUUUCUUUGCCCGCUCCGCAUCAACUUCGGCCCAUUCCUUGGUGAGGUCUACUUGGGAAGGGGUGAAACGGAGCAGGCGGCCAAAGAUGCGGCGGCCGAGGCCUUCCGCAACACAGGCAAGGCUUUGGAAGCUGCUUGGAACCUUCCGACCCCGAGAAGGCAGCUAAAGCAGCAGCAAAGGUAUCGGAACGCAAAAAGCGGCAAGACCUUCAGCGGAAGAGAGACAGGACCAAGGGCCUUUUCCAGUCAGGAUGCGACCUGCGAUUCGGAGCCCGAGGCCGCCAAAGCGUUGAUGGCAUGCACAGCAGAUAUGCGGGGGAGGCCCGAAUGUGAACGGAAAUCCAAAUUGGCCCGGUUGGAAUGA